AAUAAAAAUCAAUUUUAAACACAGAGAAAAGCGAAGUUGGAGAAUUGUAUACGUUCCUCUGGAACUUGAAGAGAUCGGAAUCCAGGAAAGCGACGAGGCUUCCAGGAAUCACAGCUUUAGGCAUUCUUGGAACUGAAGUCUAUACUUCAUGGCAAGGAUCAAACCUCACGCUCUGCUACAGCAAAGCAAAAAGAAGAAGGGGCCAAAUCGGAUAAGUCUCACGACCAUUAUACUUUCCAGCUUGAUUGUUGUGUUGACUGUGUUUUUCCUCUAUACUACAUAUAGAAACUGGUCUCAAAGGUUUGUGAAAUGUUUGUACUUGAACGCUCGAUUAAAUGCAGUUUGUGUGGACUCGAUGCAUACUUAAUUGUUUAAACACUGAAAAGUGUGGAAACGAGAAUUUAAUGCUGCUUUGAUUUGUAGCUUCAUUUAGUGGUUAUUAAAUUUUAGUUGCUGAUGUUGUCAUUAGGUCAGGAAUCCAAAUGGAGAACAAGGCAGCGUUUGAGGGUGAUAAUUCUUCUGUGGAUCUGAAGAAAUCUGAUCCCCCUGGAUAUGCUAUUCUAGAUACUGCAAAAGGCUCCAUAGCGGUGGAACUUUUCAAGGAUAGUUCUCCUGAAGUGGUCGAUCAAUUCAUUGAAUUAUGUCAAAAAGGGCACUUCAAGGGGAUGCCUUUUCAUCGGGUAAUAAAGCAUUAUGUGAUUCAGGCAGGAGAUAUCAAUCGUCUGGAAGCAACAGAAGAAUGGACUUUGAAAGGAAAGCAUUAUGCUCAACUUGAUACGAGUUUGAAGCAUGAGGCGUUCAUGCUAGGAACUCCGAAGGCAAACCCCAAUAACAGAGGGUUUGAGCUUUUCAUUACAACUGCACCAAUCCCAGAUCUAAAUGAAAAGCUUAUUGUUUUUGGAAGAGUCAUUAAGGGAGAAGAUGUCGUGCAGGAAAUUGAAGAGGUGGACACUGAUGAACACUACCAACCAAAAUCUCCUAUAAGCAUCAUCAAUGUGACGUUGAAACAGAAAAUCUGAAGCUAUCACGCAGAAAAAGUUUCCUUGAUCCCAUAUUUAGCCACCAUCCCAGCACUAGCAGUCAGACCUGUCAAAGGAAUUAUGAUGAUGCAUUUUAGGGCUUCACGUUCACUUGGACCUGCCACUAAACAGGGGUUGUACACAAGGAUCAACCCAGGUUUCUUUCGCUGCAUCCAUUUUGAUUAUAUUUGCAUUGCUUUGACUUCUAGUC